AAUUUACAAACAUUUGUUUGUUACUAUCGAAUUUUCUCUGUUGGUGUUACAAAUUGACUGGCACUUCGCUUCGGGAUUUCAAUACUUAUUUUUCAAUGCUAAUUGGAAAUUAUUUCAAUUUGCUUAACGGAAGAAGCAUGCGUCCAUGUUUUCCUGUCUGUCCUGGACAGCGAGAAAUAUCUCUAAGAAAGGGAACAUUUGCCAUUAUGUUAAUUCGCAUAACGCUUGCUUUAUUUGCAUAAUGCAUCGUUUCUGCAAGUGGGUGUUGAUAAACCACUAUGUACAUCAUCACAAGUUACUCAUUUUAUAAUAUUGUUCAUUCCUUGAUAAUGAUUGCUUUAUCGAUGCAUAGCAUUUUUCCUAGCACUUUCUUUUUGGCACAUUGGCGGCGCAGUGUGUGCAGUCUGGCGUGCCCCCUAGGUCUGUUUACCCCUAGAAUGUUGCUAGGAGACCAUACACAAACUCAUUUUGGGGAGAUCCCGCUGUCAUAUCUCUAGAAUUCACACAGAGAGCGAGAAAGUGAAGUGGGUCGAGUGACACCAAAACAGCACCCCAGGAGGAGCUUGAGAGAGAGGAACCAUGCCAAAGAAGGGUGCAAAAAAGGGGGGAGGGGGGAAGCAGGCAGGGAUGACGGAGGAAGAGAGACUCCUGUACAUGCAGCAGAGGGCCCAGGCAGAGGACGAGAUGGCCAAAAGGAAGGAGGACAUGCUAACUCAAUUCCUCAAGGAUAAGCUGCAGAAGGAGGAGCGCAACAGUGCAGUGAACCUGCACAAGUUGACGCAGCAGUGGCGAGCAGUUCUCCGCCAGACACGGGCAGCUGAACUGCGCAGUGACAUUGCUGUGCUCAGCCAGACCUUUGAGAGGGUGCUGGACCGGAAGGACAGUGUCAUCAAGUGUUUGGUGUGUGACCUGAGUGAGGCGGAGCAGCAGUCAGCCCAGGCCCUGCGCUCUCACCUGCAGUGUGUGGACUGUCUGCUGGCCUUGCAGAAGGGUAGGCUGGCAUCCCUGGAGCAACAGUGGAACAGCAGCCUGGAGGGACUGAGCUACGAGUUCAAUUCUGAGAGGGAGCAGAUCCUGUCCCAGCACCAGCAGGAGUGUGCUUACCUGGAGGAUGUGACCUUUGCCAUGGAGCAGUUCUACAUGGAGGUGGACGUGGAGGCCCGCCAGGACUACCAGAGCACCAGAGACGACAUCAAGAACAGGAACAUAGAGGAGAAGCAUGCAUUGAGGAUCCAGUUAGAGGGGACGGUGGAGGGCCUGUGGCGUCAGUUCCAACAGGCCCUACGCAGCUACAACGAGGCCACAGAGGACCGUCAUGUAGCCUUUGAGUCGUUGAGGACCCGCGACCAGCGCAGCGCCCAGGAGAUUGACACGCAGAUGAGGAGGCUGCAGAAGAUGCAGGACUCCAUCUCUGCUCUGCGCUCCAGGCUGAACUCCAGCCAGAGGGAGAGUGAGGGGGCAGCACGGGGCCUGAGGGUGGCGAGGGAGGAGGUGACCCUGCAGGCUCGCCAGCUCAAGGCCCAGCUGAGCUGUGCCCGCGCAGCCGAGAGGAACCAGCUCACCAACCUCACCGUGCGCAGCAACGCCGCCGCCAAGAAAUUACAGGGCAUCAUCACUAAGGGGGAGAGGCUGCUGCGUCUGGCUGAGAUGUGUCGUAAACUGGAGACAGAACAUGAGAAAGUCCUGCCCUUCUACACCUCCUCUCUCACUGCUGAGGAAGAGAGCCAGGAGAGAGCUAAUGCUAUGGAGCCUCCAUCUGAGGAGCUGGCACAGGCCAUGCUGGACUAUUCGGUUCUGGAGAGGUUCUGGCAGCGUUAUAACAAGGUUCUGCUGGAGCGGCUGUGUCUGGAACAGGAGAGAGGAGCUCUGACCCGGGAGAACCAGCAACUGCGGGUCUUACUGCGCCAGUACCUGGACGGCAUCUCCGUUAGCGACGAAAUCCUCCGCCAUCGCAACCCCCUGCUGAUGGUGUCACGGCCCACCCUCGCCGUUCAACCCACUGCUGACGCCCAACGCAAGCGCCACACUGUCAUUGAGGCAGCACACAUUGUGCAGCGCACACUGUAGACACACAAAAUAACAGGCUCACAUCACACACACCAUCACUCCUAGAUGAACUUCAAAAGGUGUUCAAGUUGUACACUGACUAGGAGUAACUAUAACUUCAAACUGCCAGAAUGCACUCCUUCUGGCAGAACUCAAUUCCUUAUUCUAUUUUUGUGUACUUCUUUCUACCAGGUGUCUUACAAUAACUAUCAAAUAAAAAAGAGGAAUAUUCCAUCCGAUAAUAACAACUCUC